AUGGCAGCCGGACGCUACCAAAGUUUCCUUAAGCUCUGUGAGGAAUGGCCCGUGGAUGAGACCAAAUGAGGCCGGGAAUUGGGCGCUUACCUGUGGCAGCAGGUAGCUGAGGUCUUUCAGGAGGGAGAGAACAUGCAGAUCGCGGAGCCUGAAGCCUGUGAUCAGAUGUACGAGAGCUUAGCAUGGCUCCAUUCAAACUAUUACAAACACAAGUACCCUCGACCCAGAGACACAAGCUUCAGUGGCCUGUCCAUGGAAGAGUACAAGCUCGUCCUGCCCACAGACACCUUGGAAGAAUUUAAAGAAAUGAAUAAAGGCAUGUGGAAGAAACUGCAGGAGAAGUUUGCCCCCAAGAGUCCCGAGGAGAAGCACAAGGCCUGGGCGAGGUCCUUGUCUCAUCCACGUCCCUAA